AUGUCCUCGAACCCUUCAGAUCAGGCGCAGAAUCCUCCUGCGGGUAAUUACCCUCCUCCGGCUGGCCCACCUCCUACUGGAGAAGCACCGCCCGCAGCGCCCGGAGCUCCACCUCCUGCAGGUCAAAACGCGUACGCUCCUCCUGCAGGCUACCCGCCCCCAUCCGGCCCUCCAGGCGCGCCAUCGGCCUACCCCCCUCCUCCCGGUGCACCUCCAGUACAGUACGGUGGCGCGUACGGCUACUACCCGCCUCCAGGGCAAUACUACCCUCCACCUGGCCAGUACCCAUACGCACAACCAGGCUACCCAGGCUACCCACCUCCAGGCCAGUACCCGCCCGCUCAAUACCCACCGCCCUCUCCUGGAACAUCUGGAGCCCCACCAGGGGGCCCUCCACCAGGUAGUCCUGCGCCCGGCGCCACAGGACAGUACCCACCUCCCGCGGGUCCACCUCCAGCCCAAUAUCCCGGAUACUACCCAGGAGCACCAGGGACUCCUCAGCCGCCGUACGGUGCCCCAUACGGUGCACCCCAGCCACCCUAUGGCGCCCCGUAUGGCGCUCCGGGUUAUGGAACGCCUGGGUUCCCCCCUGCGCCUGGUGUACCGAUCCCUGUACCCGACUACAACCCACACGCAGGGCAGCCUAAGGACCCUCUGAUCUAUCUAGAUGUCGCGAUCCCGGACCCGAACAUCGAGGCGCCGCCCAAGGGUGCGCAGAAGGUACCUGGGUAUGACCCGACAAGCGAUUUUAAUGCGAUAAGGAGAUUCAAUAAGGAUAAUUGGACGGAUGCCCAGGCGAAGAAUUUGACUAAAGUGAUUCUGAACCUUAUCCCGCUACAGACGGAUGCUCUGGGAUAUCACUGCAAAGGAGAACUGGGGAAGAGUUUGCAGGAUAUGAUUGAUGCGUUACCUUUGGGGAAUUAUGGACGGGUCCUCCAUGCACGCAGCCUUGGUCCGUUAGGAUAUGACGUCUGGCUUCUAAAGGAAGCGACCCGUAACCUCGGAACGAAUGAGAUGAUCCUCAUCGAGCUCAUCCUCGGCCGACCUGCACACGAAAUUAGGUGGUUGAAGACAGGGUACAAGCUGCGAUACGGCAAAGACCUGGUAGAUUUGAUCAAGAGCGAGCUCAGUGGGACGUUCGAGCAAUUGUUCGUCAUGGCGCUGAAUGCGCAGAAGCCGCCGAGCACGCCAUACGAUGCUGUCGACCAGGCGAAGGUCACUGCUGACAUCGAGGCUCUCAACUAUGCGGCGAAGAAGAAGGACGAGCUGGUGUUCUUUGACAUCUUCGUCAAUCGCUCGGAUCGCCACCUCAGUGCUGUUAUUGGUGGAUUCAGCACGCAAUACAAGAGUUUAAGCCGCGUCGUCAAGAAAGCCUUCAAAGGCGACGUCGAACGCGCCCUCGUAUACAUGGUGCACCGCGCCAAGCCCAAGCGGGACGGCAGGGGCAUCUGGCAGACAGCGAAGCUGAUCGAGAGCACGAUGAGGGGCGCGGGGACCAAGGACGCGGUCCUGAUCUACCGCAUCGUGCGGGCGUCAUGGGAUCCGGAGAGGAUCAAGGCGGUCAAGGACGCGUAUCAGAGAAGGUACGGAAAGCCGCUUGAGACGAGGAUGAAGGGCGAAUCGAGCAUCUAUGGGCCAUAUUGGGAUGCGUUGAGGGAGUUGAUGGGGUCGACUGGGAAGUGA